CAUUAUUAUAUUCUAAAAAUAUGAUAAAUCAGAUUCUCAUUCACACACGCAUACGUUUGUUCUCAUUCUUCAUUUCAAUCACAUUCAAUUCUUUUUCUUCUCUUAUGUGAAAAUAAGGGGAAAAAGCAAGUAAAAACUCCUCAUGCGGUUCACCACCUUUUACGGUUACGCCAAGGUGCGAUCCGGUGAAUUGAGACCGGGUAUCAAGACCGUGGAAGAAACCGUGAAGAGUGUGGUAGGCCUUGUCAAUGAGAAGUUCCGUCUCGUUCCUAACGAGAUCCUCCGCCACACUGAUACCGAUCAAGACAACCAAUAUGCCGGGCACAGGACUCCUGUUGCCAACAUAGCCACCACGUCGAAAAUGGCGGGGAGGCUUUACGCCAAGUGCGAGCCCGUGGCAGAGAAGAGUGUGGCUUCGGCGUGGCAAAAGGUGAAACAGUCUCCGAUGCUCCAUCGGAUGGCAAGUGUGGCUGCGCCGAAGGUUGCAUGCUGCACGGAGAAGUACAAUGAAGCCGUUUUGGGUGCCGCCGAGAAAGGUUGUAGGGUUUCAGUGUAUCUGCCUUUGGUGCAAAUAGAGAGGAUAGCUAAGAUGUUUAGUGAAUUUUAAGCACGAAUCAAUCAAUUAGUCCAACAUUUUCAACCUUUAUUUUUUGACAUUGUUUGCUAGUAGUUUGUUACUAAUUAUGAUUGCAGUUGCAAUUAUCCUUUGUUCAUAAUAUAUAAAAACUUAAAUCAAACAUAUGGUGGUGGUGGAUCAUUCCUUGUCAUUGCAAUUUUUUCAUAAAAACUUAAAUCAAAGAGAUAACCGUUUGUACA